GUGAAAGUGUGCACAUUGAAGUAAUUGUCUGCAAGCGCGUAUACCCAGUGCGGUACAUUGUUCACCUCUCGGUAAAACCCAGUUUGUGUGUGAAACUUUUGAGUGAUCAGCCAAGUAAGCAGAAAUGGCACGUACUAAGCAAACAGCCCGUAAAUCCACGGGAGGAAAAGCACCCAGGAAGCAGCUCGCCACUAAAGCUGCACGUAAAAGCGCACCGUCGACCGGAGGUGUCAAGAAGCCUCAUCGUUACAGGCCGGGUACUGUAGCUCUUCGUGAAAUCAGAAGAUACCAGAAGUCAACCGAGUUGCUCAUCAGGAAAUUGCCCUUCCAGCGUCUUGUGCGUGAAAUCGCUCAGGAUUUCAAAACCGAUCUCCGUUUCCAGAGCGCGGCCAUCGGUGCUCUGCAGGAGGCCAGUGAGGCGUAUCUCGUCGGUCUCUUUGAAGACACAAAUUUGUGCGCCAUCCACGCCAAGAGAGUGACCAUCAUGCCGAAGGACAUUCAGCUGGCUCGGCGAAUCCGAGGAGAGCGUGCUUAAGCAGAUAAUCAAGUUAUGGAGACAUUGUUUCGCUUCUUGGUUCAGUAUAAUGUUUCACUUCAUUGCAUUUCCAUGCAUACGAGGAAUAAUGUUGUUGUAAUACUGAUCCUCAAACGUAUAAUAAUACAGUAAAGUGUACACUAUAUUGAUACAAGAAGUCAGCGUUCAUUUUUUUGUUUAUCUCAUUAGAAACAACUAUAUUGCGAUAUAUCUCUCACUGCCAAAUAUUGAAGGGAUUAAAUUGUUGUGGUAGAGCAGAUGGUAUUUUUUUGUUAACAUAUAUCUAUAGUUUUGACUUAAAUACAAGUAAGAUUUUUAUUUUUCUAAAAUAAGCUCCAUCCAUGGUCAACGAAAUUGUUUAACUUUUUUUUUUCGACAAAAACCAUAGAAGUUAUAUUUACAUUCAUUAUAAAUUUUAAAAUGAUUACAGUGAACAAAAUACAAAAGUUGUUCGAUAACUUUUUACUUACUUGAAAAUUUACACGGAAACGUAUGCAUGUAAACAUAUUUGUUUCUUGUACUUUUUUAGAAUGGAUAAUAAGUGUAACGUUAUUACUGUAAGGAACAGAAGGCUGCAGAUUAUUUACAUUACUUCACUAUGCUUAAAGACACAUUAAAUCUUCCGUUCAUUAUUGGGAAAUAGUUAACAAUAAUUUGUCUUCAGUGAUUACAACAGCUGAUUGCAAACAAAAACAAAAGCCUUUAUUACUAUGUAACUUCUAUUUAGGUGUAAGAUACGCUGUAGAUGAUUAGAUUGACAUUGUGAUUUGGUGUUUGGACAUAAGAAUAGAAAAAAGUAUUUAAUUGUAGUUCUAGAUCUAGCUUUCAUUCUUUAAGCUUCCAAUUAAAGUAUGAAAAAUUCGGUUAAAAUAAUUUUAAAGAAGAAAUUUCUUGAAAAUCUUAAACGUCAUUGUAAUUAUUUCAAAGCUGGCAGCUUAUGAUUUUGAGUCUAUUAUGUGUGAAAAAUUGUGAGUUUAUGUGAAUGUCCAUUUGGAACGAUUGAUUAACCUUAUGUAUAAACUAAAUAUAUGACAGUCAAAUUAUUAUAAAAGUGUAUUAACAUGUGUAGUAUAUAAAAUAGUUAAUAUACAUUAUUACUAAACAAUAAAA